AUGAUGAUAAUGGUUUUGCUUCAACUAUGUGUGUCUAAGAUAGUUGUUGUUGAUGAUCUUGGUGUCACUGACAGGCAGAACCAUGAUCCGGAUAUGGCUAGAAAAGUUAUGAACGUUCUCGGAGGAGCCAUAAAAAACAGUAAAGACACAGUACUGCUUUCUAACAGUAAAGGAACAAAAAGAAUAGUUGAAGAUGAUGAAAAAAGGCCUUCCAAAUACAGCGGAUCAAAUCACGACGAGCUCAAGUCAUUUAGCAAGGAGAAAAAUGAUGAAAGUAAAAAAGACGAGAAUGGAGGCCAUUCAAUGUCAGGUCCUUCUAAGCCGGAGUACACUGGAAGGCCAGGACAAAAUCUGAAAGAUGAGAAUGUGAUACCAGAAAUUGGGAGAAGCUAUCAAGAGGAUUCACUACUGAACCCAUUGCAUAUUAGAAGCUUGUUCAAUGGGAAUAACCUAGAGGCGCUUGGUAAGAAUAUGUAUGAAGGAUCUAAUAUGCAAAACUAUGAGCCAAAGGAUAUUUUGAUGGGAUAUAGAUCUGACCAAAACAAAUAUACCCCAUUCUCAUUUGGAGGUGGAGACUCUUUUGCAGAUGUUCCUAGAUACGGUGGGACAUCACUAGAAGAUGGGAUGGGGUUUGGAAUGGUUGGAAACAAUGGGCCAUCAGAUGAGAUAAGAGCAAGAAGAUCGUUUAUAAUCUUAAAAAUGGCUCAGAGUAAACAGAAAGAAAGUAUGCUACAAAGUAAAAUUGACAAGCUACUCCAGGACAUAGAUCAAAUUGCUGAGAAAAUCCAGGACACACAAAAAAUGAAGGAUGGCAUGACGUCAAGAUUACAUACAAAGAAAAACCAUCUAAGAAACCUACAAGCUAAUAUAAAGGAAGUUGAGGUUCAAAGAGGAAGAACCUUGGCUCUAAUAAGGUUAUCUAGAAAUGAACUUUUAAAACUUUCGAAGAUGAUGGAUGAUCAAAGGUCCAAGUUGGCACUUCUUGAGGAUGAGGAAAAGAUAUUUUCGGACAGAAUAAAGAAAUAUGAUGAAGAGUAUGACAUAGGUAACCGGGAGCUUCAAUUAGACGAAACUCGAUCUCAGGAGAUAAAGAGAAAUAUAGAAGAAUUGGAAAGGUUGUAUAAUGUUCUGAAAAUAAGGAAUAAUGAGCUUCUGAACGAGAGAAAUAAAGAAAGCGCUAUCCGAAACAGACUAGAGCUUGAGACGGAAAGGCUUGACAGAAACACCAUAGAUUUUAUUUAA